AUGGAGGUGGAAACGGAUCUCGCGGCGCCGUCGCCUGCGACAACGCCACCCGCACCGGGCGGCGGUGCCAAACUGACGGAGCCCAGACGGCGCAACCGGCCCGCACUUUCCUGCAUUCAGUGCAGAACUCGCAAGAUCCGAUGCGAUCGCAGCGAGCCAUGCGCCAGCUGCAGGAAGUCCAAGAUCGUCAACUGCACCUACGAGGAGGCUCGCCGGCCGAAGCCGCGGCUCUGGCGGCUCUCCCCGGCACCCGCGUCAGCUUCAGGGCAGCGAGGGCAGUCGCCAAUCGCCGAAGAACGCCUAGUCAUUGGCCCGGGCUUCACCUUCAGGGAGGUGAAGCUACCAUCGGGACCACCGCAGCAGGAUCCUCCGCGUCUGAGUCCCACAUCUGGCGCACCCGCUAGGACCCCAGAGCACUUGUCAACCUCGAGUCCUAUGGUCCACCAAGGCGAUUGCGGACCCGGAAACACCGCCGCCCUCGCCGAGAGGAUCCGACAGCUGGAGCAGCAGCUUUCAGAGGCACUGAAACGGCCGGACCACGGCGCUAAUUCGUAUCGGUUGAACCCUGUCCCAAUCCGAGACGCCUCCUCGGGCAGGCUGCUUGAGGGAGACAAGCUGUUUCCUCUGAUAAUUGGACUCGCAAAGCGCAUCAGGACAGAAAAGAACUCCAGUGCACAUAUCCUGCUGCAAAAGUGCAAAGCUUUGGGCAAAGCCAUCACGUCUAUGAGCGCUCCAACCCAUGAUUCCUUGCAGCUAGGCCAGGCCCUGCCUCCUGAGGAGACCAUCAGCCGGCUGGUUGAUGCAUACUUCCGCACCUUUGAGAGCGUCUACCGGAUUCUCCAUCGUCCUACCUUCUACCGCGCCUAUCAAAGGUACUUGGACAAGCCCCAGGCUGCGGAUCCGGCGUUUCUCGUGCAGCUCCAGCUGUGCAUGGCCAUCGGGACGUGCUUUCAGGAUGAUGUCACUGCUCUCCGCCGGUCGGCUUCGCAGUGGAUCCACGAGGCGCAGAUCUGGCUCGUCUCGUCGGCCGACAAGUCGCGCGUCAGCUUCAGUGCUCUCCAGAGCAUGUGUCUGCUCCAUCUCGCCAGGGAGACGUGCGGCAUCGGCGGCGACCUUGCCUGGAUAGGCGCCGGCGCACUGCUGCGGACCGCCAUGUAUCUCGGCCUCCACCGCGACCCCGACAACCUGCCCAACAUGUCCGGGUUCAGCGCCGAGAUGAGGCGCAGGCUGUGGGCGACCGUGCUGGAGAUUGUCUUGCAGUCCAGCCUGGACUCGGGCGCUCCUCCUCUUUUGGUUCUAGCCGAUUUCGACACGCGCCCGCCAUCCAACUACGAUGACGACCAGCUCGCCGACGACGAUAGAGCCCUGUCGUCUCCGAGGCCACCAGGGUCGUUUACGCAGACGACUGUUCAAUUGGCGCUUCUUCGCUCGUUUCCUGUUCGACUGGCGAUUGCUCACUACGUUAACCAUUUCAACUCACAGGCCACGUACGAAGAAACGUUGAAGUGGAACACUGAGUUGACGAGCGCAUGCCGGGCACUUUCCGCUACCCUGCAGCCGGCGUACGACCCUGCCGGUAUCCUUCCAAAGCGCCUCUCUCUUUUCCAGCUGCGGCUAGCCGAACACAUGGUGCACCGCUUCUUCUUGGCUCUCAACCAUCCGUGGUUGGUGUCGGCUCACACCAAUCCAGCCUACUACUUUGCCCGCAAGAUGUGCGUCGAGACGUCACUCAAACUGUACCGAGCCAUUGCCACGGGAUCGCCCGCAGGCGACUCUGGCACAGCCAGUCAAAACGACGACUUUACGCGACUCGCGACGUGCGGCUACGGGGCGUUCCGCUCGGUUCCAACCCUGGCUGUGCUGACGAUCUGCCUGGAGCUGCUGUGGCAGGUGCAAGAGGACCGGUCGUUCCGCCAGAGCAUGAGUAUUGAUUACCCCCUGGAUCGGCUAGGCGCGCCCGGCAACGAAGCAGACACGAGUCCGUCGGUCGGCAUUGGUGUGGGAAGCGGCGCCGCACCAAGACAUGAGUUGCUUGAGGCGGUCAAGUACUCGAUUAGCUGGACCAAGAGGCGCAUUCGGUGCGGGGAGACCAAUAUUAAGGGGUAUCUUGUCUACUCUGCGCUGCUCAGUCAGGUUCAGGCACUCCAGCGAGGCGCGUCGGAUGCGGAAGUGGAACGUCUGGUGUUGAAUACUAUUACUGAGGAGUUGGAGGAGUGUUUGCGUCUGCUGGAGGAUGUGGCCGGCAGCAACGCGGCGAUGCCGGUGGUGCCGGCUAUGGCUAACGGAGGGCAGCAUAUGGGUACAGCUGCGAUCAUGGAGUGGAUGGAUGGGACGGAGGCCGGGUGGCGCGGGGAGUAUGAUUCGGGGGAUACCUUCCAACCCCAGGGGUUCCAGUCCAUCUUCAACCUGCCCGACGCGGAAUUCUUUAUUGGGAGCUGA